AUGGUGUUGUCAUGGCGCGCGCUGGCUUUGCUGGCAGCGCUGCAGGUGGCCGCGAGUGUACCGGAGGUGACCUACCACAACCACUUCGCAGUGCACGUGCCGGCUGGCGAGAGGCACGUAGAUGACAUCGCAAGGAGACACGGCUUCGUCAAUCACGGACAGAUUGGUGCCCUUAAGGGUUAUUAUUUGCUUUCCCACCACGACGUUCGCAAGAGAUCGACGGAACCGAGUCACGAUCAUCACAAGAAGCUGAUAAAUGAACCUGAAGUGAAAUGGUUCGAACAGCAACGUGAGAAACGACGUGUCAAACGAGACUACAACCCUUACGAGGGGUCGUUAUGGUCGCAACUGGCGCGGAAACCCUCGCAUAGAACAAGGCAUCGAGCGAUCACCCCUACGCCUUUCUUCCCUGACCCAUUGUUCAAAGAACAGUGGUACUUGAAUGGCGGCGCUAAAGAUGGACUUGACAUGAACGUAGCACUAGCGUGGCAGAAAGGUUACACGGGUAAAGGGGUUGUUGUGUCCAUUCUUGAUGAUGGUAUCCAAACCAAUCACCCAGACUUAGCGCAAAAUUAUGAUCCUCUUGCUUCCUAUGAUAUCAACGGAAACGAUGAUGAUCCGAUGCCUCAAGACAACGGUGAUAACAAACACGGAACACGGUGCGCUGGAGAGGUAGCUGCGGUUGCGUACAAUCAAUAUUGUGGAGUUGGCAUAGCUUACAAUGCUAGUGUAGGAGGAGUGAGGAUGCUCGACGGUGUCGUAAACGACGCAGUGGAAGCUAGGGCGUUGGGUCUAAAUCCUGACCAUAUUGAUAUUUACAGUGCUUCGUGGGGACCAGAAGAUGACGGGAAAACGGUUGACGGUCCUGGUCCACUAGCUAGAAGAGCAUUUAUUUACGGAGUAACUAGCGGUAGACGAGGUAAAGGAAGUAUUUUCGUGUGGGCAUCAGGAAACGGUGGACGUCAUACAGAUUCGUGCAACUGUGAUGGUUACACGAAUAGCAUAUUUACUUUGUCGAUCUCAAGUGCUACACAAGGAGGAUAUAAGCCUUGGUACUUAGAAGAAUGCUCAUCUACGUUAGCAUCUACUUACAGUUCUGGUACACCUGGGCAUGACAAAAGCGUUGCUACUGUUGAUAUGGAUGGAAGGUUAAGAGCGGAUCAUAUAUGUACGGUAGAACAUACAGGAACAUCAGCUUCGGCUCCUUUAGCAGCUGGUAUAUGUGCCCUUGCUUUAGAAGCUAACCCAGAUUUAACGUGGAGAGAUAUGCAAUAUUUAGUAGUAUUAACUUCACGUUCUCAACCUCUAGAAAAAGAAACAGGAUGGAUUGUUAACGGUGUUAAAAGAAAAGUUAGUCAUAAGUUUGGUUAUGGUCUAAUGGACGCGACUGAAAUGGUAAAUCUAGCUGAGCAAUGGAUAUCUGUUCCACCCCAACAUAUUUGCAAGUCUCAAGAAAUCAGUGAAGAUAAACAGAUCGAAUCUUCUUAUGGUUACGCUUUAAGUGUGCACAUGGAUGUUAAUGGCUGUAGUGGAACGGUAAACGAAGUACGAUAUCUUGAACAUGUGCAGUGUAAAAUAUCGUUGAGAUUUUUCCCGCGCGGAAACUUACGUAUACUACUCACUUCACCGAUGGGAACUACAUCUACAUUAUUGUUUGAAAGACCUCGUGAUGUUAUUAGUUCUAAUUUUGACGACUGGCCAUUCUUAAGUGUUCACUUCUGGGGUGAACGAGCAGAAGGCAGAUGGACUCUGCAAAUCGUUAAUGGCGGUAAUAGACAUGUUAAUCAACCGGGGAUCCUCAAAAAAUGGCAGUUAAUAUUCUAUGGUACCUCAACUGAUCCAGUGAGAUUACGGUCUAAAAGACCGUCGCAUCUAGUUCCAUCGUUCGCUUUGCCGACCGCUGCUGAUGGUUACGAUUCUAUCGGGGAUUCUUUUUACAAUACUGACGCGUUUACCAAUUACCAGAACUUUCCUACAUUAUUUGCUGCCGGUUCCGAUCCGGAAAAAGCAAUAGCCCGUCUCGACGGACAUAACGUCCCUUCACCGCAUGGGGAAAAUGUCCUCGCUGAUAGUAAUGAUAGGCGCGUCAUGCACGAAUGUGAUCCCGAAUGCGAUUCCCAAGGCUGCUACGGAAAAGGACCUACCCAGUGUAUAACAUGUAAAAAUUACCGACUCGACGACGCUUGUGUGUCACGAUGCCCUCCAAGAAGUUAUGCCACUCAGGAUGGAGUUUGUUGGCCCUGUCACGAGUCAUGCGAGACUUGUGUUGGACCGGGACAGGAUUCGUGUUUAACUUGUUCUCCAGCUCAUUUAUUAGUAGCCGAAUUAGGUUUAUGCUUGCAACAAUGCCCUGAUGGAUAUUGGGAAAAUAGUGAAGCAUCGAUAUGUCGACCAUGCGCCGCGCAUUGUUCAACUUGCUCAGAAAGAGCUGAUUCAUGUACUUCCUGUAAACGUCAUUUAGUUUUAUAUAAUGGAACUUGUGCUGCCUCUUGUCCGCCGUCUACAUAUGAGAAUGAUGACUAUAUGUGUUCAAAAUGCCAUCCUUCCUGUGAUACCUGUACUGGAUCAGAAGAGUCGCAGUGUGUUACGUGUCACGCUUCAAACUAUAUACUUGAUGGUAAAUGUUUACCCACUUGUCCCAGUGGAUACUAUGCAGAUAAAAAGAGAAAAGAGUGCAUGAAAUGUCCAAUUGGCUGUGCGUCGUGCUUAGCGACAUUGUGUCUAACUUGUAAUUCAAACUGGGAAUUGAAUAAAAAGGGCAAAUGCGUCGCCGUCGGUACCGACAAAUGCUCUUCUGGAGAAUUUUUAGAUGGGAGUCAAUGUAACGCGUGUCAUACAGAUUGUGAAUCUUGCUUUGGUGAGACAGAAGCGAAUUGUCUUACUUGUUCCUCGCCAGCGUUGAUACAGAAUCACAAAUGUGUAUCGGAAUGCAGUCGAGGGUACUACUCAGAGGCCGGUCGGUGUACUCGUUGUAUGCACGGAUGUGCAGAAUGUGUAUCGCGUUUGAAUUGUACUUCGUGUAUCGGUUCUUUGAGGCUUCAGUCUGGCGCUUGCAGAACUUCCUGCGCUGAAGGGUACUACGCAGAUCGCGGAACAUGCUCCAAGUGUUAUUUAUCUUGCCGGUCUUGUGUGGGACCCAGACGAGAUCAGUGCGCAUCCUGUCCUCCUGGUUGGAGAUUAGCAGCUGGGGAAUGUCACCCUGAAUGUCCUCAAGGGUUCUACCAAACCGAGGAUGGCUGUCGUCAUUGUCACCACUAUUGCCGCGAAUGUAACGGUUCUAGCCCGCUACACUGCACGUCUUGUCCUCCGCGGUUCAUGUUAGAUGGCGGGAUAUGUAUGGAGUGCCUCGGUUCACAGUACUUCGAAACGAGCAGUGGAAUAUGUCGCGCUUGCGACGAAUCGUGUAGGACUUGCUCCGGUCCCGGGCAGUAUAGCUGUUCCGGUUGUUCGAGACCAUUGCGACUUGAUAGGUUGAACAACCAAUGCGUGCAGUGUUGUUCGGAGCGAGCGGUUUCAACUAAUUCAACGCCUCCACCCGAUUGCUGCCAUUGUCAUCCGGACACCGGCGAGUGUAUAAACUCAUCAGUGGCUGGCAAACGCCGUAUACCGGAGUGGGGCGCUCUCGAAGCCACACAGAGCGAAGCCACGCCACACUCUCGAGCCAGCGCUGUUGUGGCAUUCGCCGCUGUUGCCAUUGUUGUGUUCGUGGUCGCUGCGAUCGUGAUACAGACGCGAAGUUCGCGGAAGCCUCGAACCCGUUCGAAGGGAGCGUACUAUUCGCCGCUCGCGUGCGCGGACGAGGCCGAAAGUUCGGUGCUCGGCUCGCGAACACUACCCGUCGAGCUCGAGCACGAGCCCCUCCUCGAACACUCCACAUAGAGUGCUGUGAUGUAGACGUAAGUGAUUUGAUGUGACCCGACUGCGAUUUUAUUCGACUAUCGUGACUCGACUAAGGUUUUAUUCGAUUUUCGUGACUUGCUUUCUAUCGAUUUAAAUCGAACACGUAAAAAAAAACGUCAACC